UGGGAGGCAGCCUUAGUCGUUCUGGUCACGGGGGGCUUCUCCGUGGUCACCGUGGUGGGGAACCUGCUGGUGAUGAUCUCUUUCAAGGUCAACCGGGAGCUGAAGACCGUCAACAAUUACUUCCUGCUCAGCUUGGCCGGGGCGGACCUCAUCAUCGGCGCCAUCUCCAUGAACCUGUACACCACCUACAUCGUCAUGGGCCGCUGGGUCAUGGGCAGUCUGGCCUGCGACCUGUGGCUGGCCCUCGACUACGUGGCCAGCAACGCCUCCGUCAUGAACCUCCUGGUCAUCAGCUUUGACCGCUACUUCUCCGUCACCCGCCCGCUCACCUACCGGGCCAAGCGGACCCCACGGAGGGCGGCCGUGAUGAUCGGCAUGGCGUGGCUGAUCUCCUUCGUCCUGUGGGCGCCCGCCAUCCUGUUCUGGCAGAACUUCGUGGGGGAGCGGACGGUUGCCGAAGACCAGUGCUACAUCCAGUUCCUCUCCGUGCCCAUCAUCACGUUCGGGACGGCCAUCGCCGCCUUCUACCUCCCCGUGACCAUCAUGGUGGUGCUCUACUGGAAGGUGUACCUGGAGACCCAGAGGCGGGCCAAGGAGCUCUCCGGACUCCAGGGCUCGGAGUUCACGGGCCACCUCCGGGGGGCCCCCAGGGCGCCCCCAGCCGAGGGCAGCGGGGGCAGCGGCAGCAGCAGCUCAGAGCCCUCGCACCCGCUCACCUCCCCGCCCCCGCGGGCCCCCGCUCCCCUGCGCAGCUGCUGCUUCCCCCGGCGGGAGCCCGAGGACGCCGGCGCCGAGCAUGGCAGCACCGGCAGCUGGAACACCACCGAGGAGGACGAGGGCGAGGCGGCCUCCAGUGACUCGCUGUCCUCGGAGGAGGGAGAGGACCGGCCCUUCGAGGUCCACACCAUUUGCUCCGCCGUCAUCCGCCUGCCCAUGGUCAACUCCGUCCUGCAGCCGCCCCGGCCCCCGCCGGGCCACGAGCCCCGGGCAGCCGCGGGGAGGCAGUGGGCGGAGGGGAAGGUCCUGGUGGCCUUCCCCAAGCAGCCCCUGCACGGGGACGAGGGGCUCCGGAAGGCGGCCGGGCCGCCCCCCGUCACGGAGAAGACCCCGGCGAUGGCCGCGCGGCUGGCGCUCCAGCGGCGCCGGCGGCUCUCCAAGCGGAAGAAGCUCUCGCUGAUGAAGGAGAAGAAGGCCGCCAGGACGCUCUGCGCCAUCCUGCUGGCCUUCAUCGUCACCUGGACGCCGUACAACAUCAUGGUGCUGGUGUCGACCUUCUGCGGGGGGUGCGUGCCCCAGGCCCUGUGGAAGCUGGGCUACUGGCUCUGCUACAUCAACAGCACCGUCAACCCCCUCUGCUACGCCCUGUGCAACCGCUCCUUCCGCAGCACCUUCCGCAGGCUGCUGACGUGCCGCUGGGACCGGCGUGCCGAAGCGCCGGGCCUCCGGGAGGCGGAUCCGCUGCGCGGGAAUGCCGGCAGGCGCGCAGGCGCUGCUGAGGGGCUCCGGCGCGAUUUACGGGGGAUGCUGGCCCUGCGGAGGACGUAA